UGUUUGCAUAAACGUCAAAUGCGUAACAUCACAGUGAGCUCCAGCCCGUGUUGUUACGAAAACGUUGUUGUUUUUUUGCAAUUAUGCAGCAUUGUUAAUAAACUGUUUACUGUUGGUUUUACAAUCCCUUUGCUAGAACACACACGGCAAUGCUGCUGAGAAGAGCGUGCCGUCCAUUGGGACGUUCCUUUGCAAGAACUUGCUUCGUACGUCACUCUACGGUUGCUUCGCAGGAACCGGCCGAUUCCGACACGGGGUCGAGUGCCAUCAAUAUCAAUCUAUCGAAGCCGGCACAUGUGCGACUGCCAAAGAAAAAUCCUUUCAUGAAAUCCAUGUUUGUUGGUACGGUGGAUACGGAACUGCUUUCCUUUCCUGAAUCACUCAACCGAGAAGAGCAGGCUCGGCUUACGAAGCAAAAGGACGACCUGGAACGGAUAAUGCAAAGCGGUAACAAACAAUCAGGCGCAGCCAGCAAUGAGCUUUACGGACUGCAAGGACCGCUGGAAUACGGUGGAAAUCAAUUCAUCGAGACGGAGCUAGCAUUUGUUAAUGAACUUCUUGCGGACAAUCGUUCGAAGGCGAUGAUUACGCUUGAGCAUAAUGCAAUCGUAAAGCUGAUUGCACAGUACGGCACCGAUGUAUCGAAGGACCUUUACCUGUCGAAGCUGUGCAGCGGUGAAAUGAUUGCGGCUAGCGCACUGUACGAGUUAGACAGCUCCCGGCAAACGAUGUUCAGUACGGUCGCAUCGUUGGAUUUUGCCAGCGGCAACUGGACACUGAGCGGGACCAAGAUAUUUCUACGGAACGAAGAAACCGUGCCCGGUCUGUUGCUCGUAAUCGCAUCGACGAAAAGUAUGCAAAAGCUUAGCAAAGAGGAUGGUACGUUUGCUGCCUUUCUGAUUGACACGAAUGCACCCGGCGUCCGGAUAUCACAAUCCGACCUUGGCACCGGAGGUUUAGCGCGGGUAACGAUCGAGCUCAACCACGUGGAGGUACCCGAGACGCAUCUGGUCGGGAGGGAAACCGAUGGUGCGACGGUGCUGUCGAAGUUUCUCUCAGCCGUCCGCGUACAGUCGAGCGUCGUGCGGGUGGCACUGCUGAAGAAAGUAUUGAAUUCGCUAACCGAUUUUUGCAUCAAUUCGAAAACGUCCACCGGUGAUAUGAUAGAUAUUGAAAUCGUACGGCAGCAGCUGGCUCGCAUGGCAAGCAUAAUUUAUGCUUCCGAAAGCUUAAUCUACAUGACCGCUAGCUUGAUGGAUGAUUUUGAAAAUCAGGACGUAGAGAUGGAGGCAGCAAUAACAAAGGUCUUUACGACGGGCAGUUUGCUUAAUCUUUCCAUGCUGCCGUUACAGCUCCUAGGUCCGCAGGCAUUAAACAAAGAGUGCACGUUUGAGGAACUGUUUAACGAUGCGCUGAAGAUGUUCGUUGGUGACGAAUCGGUCGAUUCCGUCAAUCUAUUCAUUGCGCUGACCGGGCUCCAGUACGCUGGUAUGCACACGUACGAAACGAUUAAAAAAGAUCGCAAUCCGGCAAUGAACCCUUCGUACGUGCUGUCGAAGCUGUUCGAAAAAACGUCGAUCGAAAACCCGAAAAAGUUUGCCAAUCUGCAGCAAUACUUUCAUCCUUCACUCGAACCGGCCGCACACUGGAUCGAGCAUUCGAUUGUCCGGCUAAAGCUGGCCACCGAGUGCAUACUGUCGCGGCACGGUGUGGAUGUAAUCGAGCGGCACAUCGAGCUGGCCCGGUUGGCGAACGUGGCGACGUUAAUUUACGCGAUGACGGCCAGUGCGUCGCGUGCCUCCCGGUCGUACUGUAUCGGGUUGCGGCAUGCCGCCCAAGAUGUGCAUCUGGCGAACAUGUUUUGCCGCGAGAACAGUGAAAAGAUUCGGCUGCUCGCGCUGGAACUGGAGAAGGGACCGUACAUUACGAGUGACGACGAUUACAACGUGAUAGCGCGUAAUUUGUUCCGUGAAAAGCGUUACUAUUUCGAGCAUCCGAUUACUAAGAACUUCUAAGGUGCGGAGGGAAUUAUAAAUUCUAACAACUAGUAAAUGGUUUAAAAAAAAUUACAAUGUUACAUACAUUGCUUUGCGUUUAUUAGAAAAAUAUCACCUUUUUUCCAUAUUUAAUCUAAAUAUUUUAAAUAUUUUCAAAGUUAUACUAGAAUUUUAAAGCAUUAAAACUAACUCAGUAGGCGCUGACCACGUUUCCGGCAUGAAUCGCUUCCAGGUUCCAUUGAUGUCCUUCUCUAAACUGCAAGUAAUUGUAAGCGGAUGCGAUUGCACAUUGAUUCACGCACACAAGCGCACGGAAUACAGAGAGAAAGGACACCGCAAAGUACGUAAGCGAAUUCGGGUUCCCGUGCUCUACUAGUGGCAAGGAUUUAAUAUCUAAUGUCGCGGGGGAACAGCGCAAGCGCAGUUAAAAAAAACAACAAAAAAAAGGACAAAGUGUGUAUGUUUUCCUUGCUCUCCUAGUGCAAGUGUUUGUCAUGUCAUGUAUCAGGAACGGGCCUAUUCCGCGUUUGCAGUAAUAGUGGUUUCUUAAAAAUUCGACCAUAGUUGUUAGACCGUGGCAUCAACCAACCCGUGUGCAAACCUGUUCAGCGAUGUGCGAUAAUUUAUUGUCAAGCGUCGAUUUAGCGUACGGUCGUUCUUCCUAAGUACGGUUACAGUGCGGAGUUACGGUGAUUCAGCCGAGCAGCAGCAUUCGUCAUCCGGAAAGAGGGACGUGUGCUGUCUGACACGUAGCGGAAAAUAGGUGGCAAUCCUCGCAUCGAUGUAGAGCUGGCUUGUGUUCCCAUUCCCGGAGGUAUACGGACGGCCUGAACCCAGCGUGUAGCCAGUGUACAGGUCGAACCACACGCUGCAACCUUGCAAAAAAAAAAAAAACACUGGCCAGUGGUGCC